AUGCUAUGUCUAGGUCUUUACUUUAUCAUGAAUCUGGGACUGACAUUGUACAAUAAAGCUGUCCUUAACAAUUUCCGCUUUCCGUGGUUGGUCACUACUUUCCACACAUCCAGUGCUGCGGUGGGGUGUUGGGUGAUUAUGCUCGUUGCACCCUCACAGUUGAAGCUGAGUCAUGUGGGAAGUAGAGAGCAACUCAUCCUCGCAGCCUUUUCGGUGCUGUUUACCAUAAACAUUGCCAUCUCCAACGUCAGUCUGGCAAUGGUAUCGGUUCCUUUUCAUCAAAUCGUUAGAUCAACAACACCAGUGGCUACAGUGCUUAUUUACCGCUACUUGGGGAGAAGUUAUGGAAACAUGACUUAUAUCUCUUUGAUCCCUAUCAUCGCUGGAGUAGGGUUGAGUACAUAUGGGGAUUACUACGCCACUGUCCUCGGAGCAUCUCUUACAUUCCUCGGUGUCUUUCUAGCAGCGCUGAAAACUGUCGCGACAAACAAACUACUCACCGGAAGUCUCAAGUUACCGGCACUGGAGCUGCUGUUCCGUAUGUGUCCUUUAGCCGCCGUGCAAUCUCUCCUCUGGGCAACUGCAACAGGAGAAGUAUCCCGCUUCCUCACAUUUACAGCACAAGGAAAACUCACCACUGGAUUAAUCUUUGCGUUGCUCGGGAAUGGGUUCUUGGCUUUCUUGCUGAAUGUUACGAGUUUCCAGACCAACAAGUUGGCUGGUGCUUUGACGUUGAGUGUUUGUGGUAAUGUCAAGCAAGUUCUCACGGUUGUUUUGGGUAUUGUGUUGUGGGAUUUGGUGGUUGGACCGAUGAAUGCUUUGGGUAUGGUUGUUGCGUUGGGAGGUGCUGCGUGGUAUAGCAAGGUUGAGUUGGACUCCAAGAGGGCUACUGCGAGAUGUUAG